UCCUGUGGGAGCAUUCUGUGCUUUCUACAAUAAAGCGGGAAGUUUUUGGCCAAUAUAAAGUUCUGUGUUGGAAGGUUGAGCAGAAAGUCUCAGGUGACCUGUAAUUAAUCUCUUAAACGGAUUUCGGACAGCCCUAUAGGUUGGAACUGCUUCUCACAUUCUCCAUCUUACGGAGGUUCCCAUUGCUUUCGACCUGCUACCAGCUCAGCCUGUGCAUCCCCAAACAUGUGCGACCAGACCUUUGCUGCUGCCGUCUACGGACCCUGUGAAAAAUGUCAGGAGAUCGGCCCGCUGCGGAACCUUUACAUCAACACCGAGCAGAUCAACUACUGCUCAUUGUGCGUGGAAAUGAUGGCAACCGAAGGGCUGCAGGAAAACGAAACGGUGUCAUCGCUGAGGAACGAGGCAGAGGCACUCAAGGGUAAACUGGAGGAGGAGAGGGCAAAGCUUCAUGAUGUAGAACUUCACCAGGUGGCUGAGAGAACAGAGGCACUCGGACAGUUUGUGAUGAAGACAAGACGGACUCUAAAAGGCCAUGGAAAUAAAGUGUUGUGCAUGGACUGGUGCAGGGACAAGAGAAGAAUUGUCAGCUCCUCCCAGGAUGGAAAGGUUAUUGUAUGGGAUGCUUUCACCACCAACAAGGAACACGCAGUGACCAUGCCCUGUACCUGGGUGAUGGCUUGUGCCUAUGCUCCAUCAGGCUGUGCUAUUGCAUGUGGCGGUUUGGACAACAAAUGCUCUGUGUACCCGCUGACCUUUGAUAAAAACGAGACCAUGGCAGCCAAGAAGAAAUCUGUUGCGAUGCACACAAACUAUCUGUCUGCCUGCAGCUUCACUAAUUCUGACAUGCAGAUUCUGACCUCAAGUGGUGAUGGAACCUGUGCCCUCUGGGAUGUGGAGAGUGGGCAGCUGCUUCAGAGCUUCCAUGGACAUGGUGCUGAUGUCCUUUGCCUUGACCUGGCACCUUCUGAGACAGGUCAUACAUUUGUGUCAGGGGGUUGCGAUAAAAAAGCAAUGGUUUGGGAUAUGCGUUCUGGCCAGUGUAUCCAGUCCUUUGAGACCCAUGAGUCUGACAUCAAUAGUGUUAGGUAUUUCCCAAGUGGCGAUGCUUUUGCCUCUGGUUCAGAUGAUGCCACAUGUCGCUUGUAUGAUCUCCGUGCUGACAGAGAAGUUGCUAUAUAUUCAAAGGACAGCAUCAUCUUUGGUGCUUCCAGUGUGGACUUCUCCCUCAGUGGCCGACUCUUGUUCGCUGGCUACAAUGAUUACACCAUCAAUGUGUGGGAUGUAUUGAAGGGAACCAGGGUAUCAAUCCUCUUUGGGCACGAGAACCGAGUCAGCACUUUACGAGUUUCCCCUGAUGGCACUGCCUUCUCCUCAGGAUCAUGGGAUCAUACUCUGAGGAUUUGGGCUUAAAACUUCCUGGAGUUGAUCCUCCGAUUCUGAAUGAAGUUUCCAUUCCAGGAUUUCUUGACAUUUGCAGUAUGAUGGCUCAACUCCUAGAUCUUGUGUCUGCUUUAGGAAAUGUGCGAAUAUUGGGGAUUGUGACAUUUAAAUGAGUCUGUAGUGAUUAUAUCAUUAUUUAAAAAACCUGGCAGGAUUUUAUGUAAUCAUGGAUUGGUAUCAUAAUUCAGUUGCACUUGUACCAAACAAAAUAUUUAGAAGUAGCUGCCGCCUUUUCCAAAAUACCAUUCAGUAGUUGGUUUCCACAUUUCCUAAUUAUUUUAGCAUUUUUAAAUGUUAUUAAAUACAAUUUAUAUUAAAUCUCCCAUUUUCCCAUGCCUUUGAGUUCACAUUUUGUUGAAGAAAAAAUAGGCUUAAAGAAAAGCUCUGGAACAAAAUAAAAAUCGUAAUGCUUUGUUGAGUCAAAGUGGCGGCUAUAUUGGAGACAGACACUUCAAAAGAUUGCUACAAAGCACUAUUUACCUAUGUUUUAUUGCUAAAAAUAACUACACGUGAUAAUCUUAUGGUUAAUUAGUGGACUAGACAAUGAAAAAUGUAGAGAAUCUAUUUAAACUCAUCUUUUCCGGAAUAUAUGUACGUAUAUUAUGCAAUAUGAAUCGUGCUGAAUAGUUACAGUACUAUUAGGUGGCAAAGUUCUCUUUUGUUUAAAGCUCAGCAUGUUCAUUUUGUCAGAGUACUUUUUUUGUUUUUGAUACACGGAAUUGUAAAAUAAUGUUUCAGUAGCAGAUGACAAGUCUGGGUUAGGUCUGUAGACAUUGACUGUUUGAAAACUACACAUAUUGCAGCAGGAGAAAAUCUAAUCAAAGUUGUUGUUUAAAGUGGUAUGUUGAUGUAAUCCAAUGCAGUAGAUUUAAAUGCACUGUGAACUUUUCAAGAUUUUAAUUCAUUUCGUAAGAAGUGCAAUAUUUACAGAGAUCUAGGCAAAAAGUAAGGCCUUCUGACUCUCUGAAGGACCCUUGUUAAAGCACUUAUUUUCUGUUGGAUCAAUUGUAUGAUUUUGGUUCUGUUUCUGUAAUUGUUUUGUGAAUAUUUCAACAGUUCUUUUGGUGAACACUUGUGCAAAUCUUUUGAAAUGUACCAAAAAAUAAUA